AUGGAGCCAGACGCUGCCCAGCCCCCCUGCCUGGGACCUGGCCAACCACGGCCUAGGAGCUGGGCCACCACCGCCAGGCCUUGGCGAGCUGGGAGCUGUGACGUCCUGCGGGGGCCGGGGCCCUCCCCGCUUUUCCGAGUGAGGCCCCUGCAGGAGGCGUCAGCCCAGAGGGCCCUUGGCCUCCCGAGCCUCGGCCUGCAGGAGCGGAUCAGGUUCUUCCAGAAGAGCUCGGCCACAAGCGAGGAACCCGGCCCCCGGCCCCCCAGCCCCAGGGCCCGGGGGCCGAGGCCCAGUGGAAGGGACUGGCCGCCCCGCAGGAGUGAGGAGAGAGUCCCGUCCAGCAGGGGCCCAGCCCUGCGUCCCAGCAGCGCCGGGCCCCCUGCCCAGAGGGAGCGGAUGGAGCCAGCUGGGGAGACACGGCCUCCCCCCGGCGGGGGCAGGGGCCCCAGCGUGGGGCCAGGCUGCUCCGUCAGGGAGCAGGUUCGCUCCUUUGAGCUGCGCUUCGGGGCGAGCCAGGCUCCCUCAGCCCCAGGGUGGCAGGAGGGCCGGAGCCGGACCCCCGGGGCGGCCGCAGCCCCCCACAGACGUGGGCAGACCCGAGGCGGCCAGGGGGAAGGUCCAGCUGGUGAGGGGCUGCCAGGGGUCAGGCCUGCUGGGGGGCCAUGCCAGAGUCACCUGCCCAGGUGCAGCCCCCUGACAUCCUCCCCGCUCCCCGCAGAGGGCAGGGCCUCAGAGCCGCCCACGGCCCUGCCCCCCGCCCCCUGGGGCCUGGGGGAGACCGACGGGGACGACUCUGACUCCACAGAGUCCUCACUCACCGCCCCCAGUGAGCAGAGCCAGCCCGACGGCCGGAGCUUCGCCCUCAGCGUGGCCGAGCUGAGGGAGUUUGGCCUGGACGAGGGACACUCGGCGUCACUGAACUCCAGCCUGUCCGGCCUGUCCAUGGUGUCCCUGAUCUCAGCCCAAGACCUGGAGCAGCUGCUGGAGGAGGUGAAGGGCCUGGGAGAUGAGAGCCAGCAGCACCUCCAGGAGAUCCAGGUGGUCGUGCUGCACAAGGACGAGGGGGCCGGGCUGGGCUUCAGCCUCGCAGGGGGGAGCGACCAGCACAAGAGGGUGACGAUCCAACGCGUCUUUGCCGGCGGCCUGGCCGCCCAGGAGGGCACCAUCCAGCCAGGGGAUGAGGUUCUCUCCAUCAACGGGCACUCGCUGACGGGCUGCAGCCACGUGGAGGCGCUGCGAACGCUGCACCGGGCCCGGACCGCCCGGCAGGCCAUUGUGGUGCUGCGGAAGGGGGGAAUGGAUGGGCUCCCCAACGGCUCCCUCCCAGCGCCGGGCCCACAGCCUCCUCCAUCAGCACCAGACACCAUGGUGAGGUCCCUGCAGCUGGUGAAAGACUCCAACGGACUCGGAUUCAGCCUGGACGGGGGACGGGGGUCGCUGCAGGGGGACAGGCCACUGACCGUCAAGAAGAUCUUCCAGGGGGGCCCCAAGGACCUGCUGCAGCCUGGGGACGAGGUGCUCCAGAUCGGGGAGAGGAGCCUGCAGGGGCUGAUGCGGCUCGAGGCCUGGCAGCUCAUCAGGGCCCUGCCCAUGGGACCCGUCCAGCUCCUCGUGCGAAAGAAGGGAAAGCCCUGACAGCCGUGAGAUCUGCACCCAAACUGGACUUAGCCCCCAUCAGCGCUGGUGUCUCCAGAUGGCUGGGCAGACACAUGCCUCCCGCAGCGCCAGCACAGAGAUGGGUUUCUCUGCGGGGGCCUUGUUUCCUGGGCCUCAGUUUCUCUCUCCAUACAAUGGGGAACAUAAUCCUGCCUUGGUCUGGCCUGUUUAUAUCGUGAGCACUUCAGGGGAGGGACAGUCCCCGUGUGACUGGUCUGCGCCUGGCCCAACGGGCCCUGGGUUUGGAGGGGAUCUGGCAGGAUGGGGCCCCUGAUCUCGCUCAGGGUCUGUGCCACGCUCAGCACAAGGGGCUCUGGGCCA